UUCAAGAUGGCGGACCUCUUAGGCUCUAUCCUAAGCUCCAUGGAGAAACCUCCAACUGUCGGCGACAAGGAAAGCCGACGAAAAGCAAGAGAACAAGCAGCCAGAAUGAAAAAGAUGCAAGAGGAUGAGAAGAGAAAGAAAGCUGAAUUUAGAAAAAAGAUGGAGAAGGAGAUCUCUGAUUUUAUUCAGGACAGUGACAUACAAAAAAAGAAAUAUGAGCCUAUGGGAAAGAUCGAGAGGAGCAUCCUCCAUGAUGUUGCAGAAGUGGCGGGUUUGACUUCGUUUUCUUUUGGUGAGGAUGAAGAGAGCAGAUACGUCAUGUUGUUCAAGAAGGAGUUUGCUCCAUCAGAUGAAGAAUUGGAUGCUUACAGAAAGGGAGAGGAAUGGAAUCCCCAGAAAGCUGAGGAGAAACGUCGAUUAAAGGAACUUGCUGCAUUGGAGGAGGAGUCCGCCAACCGUGCACAGAAAAGGCCUGCAUCUCCCAGCUCAAAUUACAGGGACAAGUACAGUCAUUUGAUUGGUACUUCCGCUGCAAAAGAUGCUGCGCACACGCUUGAGGCCAAUCAGGCAUAUGGCUGUGUGCCCGUGGCCAACAAGAGAGACACUCGCUCUAUUGAAGAGGCCAUGAAUGCAAUCAGGGCCAAAAAACGACAGAAGAAAGACGAUGAGACUGGGGCAGGCAGUAGCAAUGCCAGUUUGUGAGAGAGUGCAAGAGAAAGAGAGUGUGUGUGUGUGUCUGUCUGUCUGUCUGUCUGUCUGUCUGUCUGUCUGUCUGCGUGCACAUGCGUGUGUGUGUGUGUGUGUAUAUAUGGGUGUCCAAAUAGUUCUGCUGACCUUAGAGAUUUAACUGAGUAUACUUUUUAAAGCGACAUAUACUUGUACUUGUAUCAUGUACAGUGUUAACCUACAAACAGAAAGAUGUACACAAGCAAUUAUGCAACCAAAUGUCAUUAUUUUAAGGCAGUUGUAUAAGGGAGUGCCUUUCCAUCUCACUGGAUGUUCUAAAUGAUUAUCUGUUCCAUUCUUCUACACUGUGUUUAGUCAUCCAGUGAUGGAGCUGAGGCCCUGAGGAGUACUGUGCCACAUGUCAGCGUUUUUUAUUGUUUUAACCUGGUCUGCACACCUCUUUUAAUUGUUGUGUAAAAAUUCCCUGUAAAGUAUUUGUGUAUAAAACGGCACAGGCUCGCAGGAUUAAUGGAAGUUGUGAAACUGUGUACUGUACAGUCAUUCUAUAGUUCAUCUGUCAGCAGUAAUGGGGAGGGAGGGGUGGGGGUGGUAUUAGUGUUUGAGGUGUGUAUUUUGUGAUUUGUUUUUAACUAUCAAUUCGAACUGUUCUUGUCAGAAUUUAUUGUAUCCACUUAGGGGUUUUUUUCUUGAAAUAAACAUGGCUGUUGACCAUUACACUUUUUAAUGUGUAGUAUGUCUUGGUCUCCAAUAUUUUUUUUUAUCUGUUUUCAUUUACCUUAUUUUCUCUCUUCUUCCCUUAUACUGAGCUAAGGAGAAAUGGCCUUAAGACUCCUACAAAUUCUGCAAUAUUGAGUUUGUAUGUCAUGUACAUUAUUGAACCCUAUGUAUUAACUUCAUCAACC